GAGGAGCGCGCGGUCACGUGGUGCUGAGGGAAGAUGGCGGCCGCCGCGCACCAGAGCCUCAAACUGCACACAACUCCAGAGAAGUUCUACUUUGAGGCAUGUGAUGAUGGAGCAAAUGAUGUGCUUGCCAUUGACCGUGUCUCCAAUGAGAUCAUGCUCACAGUUAAGAAAGACAUUCCGCCAUCUGCGGUUACGAGAUCCGUUUAUGGAAUCAUGGGAACAAUUCGCCUGGUUGCAGGCAUGUACCUUAUUGUCAUUACCAAAAAGCAGAAGGUGGGAGAUAUGUUCACUCAUCCCAUCUGGAAAGCAACGGAAUUUGACAUAAUUUCCUACAAGAAGACCGUUCUGCACCUCACGGAUAUGCAGAUGCAAGAUAACAAGACCUUUUUGGCGAUGCUUAACGGUGUUCUCAACACAGAUGGAUUUUACUUCUCCACAAGCUACGACCUCACUCACACUUUGCAGCGUUUGGCCAACACCAGUCCUGAGUUUCAAGAAAUGAGUCUACUGGAAAGGGCAGAUCAGCGCUUUGUAUGGAAUGGGCACCUCCUGCGGGAAUUUGCUGCACAGCCAGAACUCCACAGAUUUGCUGUUCCAGUGGUUCAUGGUUUCAUGCUGGUGAAAUGUUGCUGCGUAAAUGGAAAAUAUUUUGACUGGAUAAUUAUCUCCAGGAGGAGUUGCUUCAGGGCGGGAGUUCGAUAUUACGUUCGUGGUAUUGAUUCUGAAGGACAUGCUGCAAACUUUGUGGAGACUGAACAAAUAGUCCAAUACAAUGGCUGGAAAGCAUCCUUGGUGCAGACAAGAGGAUCAAUUCCAUUUUUCUGGUCGCAAAGGCCAAACCUCAGAUACAAACCGAAGCCACAGAUCAGCAAAUCCAUGAACCAUAUGGAUGGGUUUCAAAGGCAUUUUGACUCUCAGAUUAUUAGCUAUGGGAAGCAAAUGGCAGUAAACUUGGUUGAUCAGAAAGGUCCAGAGAAAGGCCUGGAGCAAGCCUAUUCCAAAAUGAUUGCAAGCUUGGCGAAUGUGAUGGUUAAAUACCACGCAUUUGACUUCCACAAGGAGUGCAGCCGUAUGAGGUGGGAACGGCUUCAAAUUCUCUUAGAUCAAGUAGCUGAGCAGCAGGAUGAAUUUGGUUAUUUUCUAGUGGAUUCCGAAGGGUCGAUUCUGUUGCAACAGGAAGGAGUUUUCCGGACCAAUUGCAUUGACUGCUUGGAUCGGACAAAUGUGGUGCAAAGUUUGAUAGCCCAUCGUUCCGUCCAGUCACAGCUUCAGAGAAUUGGAGUUCUUCAUGUUGGCCAAAGAAUAGAGGAACAAGCAGAUUUUGAAAAGAUUUACAAAAGUUCAUGGGCUGAUAAUGCGAACGCAUGCGCCAAGCAGUAUUCUGGAACUGGGGCCUUAAAGACUGACUAUACAAGGACUGGGAAGAGGACCAACUGGGGUCUCUUAAUGGAUGGUUGGAACUCAAUGCUAAGAUAUUACAAGAAUAACUUCUCUGACGGAUUCAGACAGGAUUCAAUAGACUUGUUUCUUGGAAACUAUGUAGUGGAUGAGACCGACACAGUUGUUCUUCUACAAGACCAAAAAGAGUGGAGGUAUCUGGCGCUGCCGAUAAUCAUGGUAGUGGCUUUCUCUAUGUGUAUCAUCUGCCUACUUAUGGCGGGUGACACCUGGACGGAGACCUUAGCUUAUGUGCUGUUUUGGGGAAGUGCAAGUUUUGGAACUGCAGCCAUCAUCCUCUUCAAUGGAAAGGAAUUUGUUGAUGCACCGAAGCUGGUACAGAAAGAAAAGGUGGACUGAAUGUGUACCUGUGGAAAGCAGCUUGGUCAAGAUUCUGCCCCAAUGUGGAGGGUCUACUGACCUGCUUUUCACACCAAACAUGUUGUUCUUUUUAAAGAAGUUUGAUUUCUACGAGUGAAAAUAAUGGUGGUGGAGUGCAGUCAGGCUCCGAUCGUUCAGCCUUAGCCAUGAUUAAUGUUCUUUUUGUCAUUCUGACCGUUUUUUCAGAAUCUCACUAAUGAAACAACAAAAUUUGUUCUUCAUUCCAUCUUUCUAUCUUGACAGCUGAAUUUGAGGUCCAAAAUGUUAGCAAACAUGGUAUCAGUGUUUAAAUGCAACAGGUGUAUUUUUUUUUCCCCACUCAGCUUCUCUGUAUAUAUCAUGAAAUAGAUAUCUAGCAAUAACACACUUGCGAGUGAUGAGUUAUUGCCUCCAUACUUCAAUUUGCUGAAUUUAAGGUUUUAUAUAAAUGCCUGCAUGACCUCAUAUGUCUUCAACAGUUUGAUGCAUAAAGCUGCUGCUUCACAUCUUUAGUGCGAACAUCUGUUAGCAAUAAAGGUAACUUGAAUAGUUGGCUGUAAUUUACAUGCAAAAUUGUACAGUGAAUUUUAGACCAAUAUGAAAUUUAUAUUAUGUUACAGGAUCUACUGUAUAGCUUGUUUUCUCCAGUUGUGCAUUGUUGCUAUUUUCUUUUUAUUGAUUACAAUAUAAUUGUGGAGUCUUGUAGCUCAGUGGUUAGAGCACUCGCUUUGCAAGCGAGAGACCUGAGUUCAAUUCCAGGCAGAGCGAAACCUUGGGCAAGUUUCCUUACUCCACACUGAGCCUAAUAAUAAUCCCUCCAAAACCAAAAACAAUAAUAAAUUGGUCAUUUUCAAUCUAC